CCCUUCCCAUCCGUGCCGGGUCGGUGCGGUACUCGUGUUUCAACGCCUUGUCGCGGAGAGUCGCUGCCGAGUGGGCGCUCGGUUUUCGGGUCGUCACGAUGGUCGGCUACGAAUACGUGAGCGCGGAGCAGCUGGCUGGCUUUGAUAAGUACAAGUACAGUGCUGUGGAUACCAAUCCACUUUCUUUAUACAUCAUGCAUCCGUUUUGGAAUACUAUAGUAAAGGUAUUUCCUACUUGGCUGGCUCCAAAUCUGAUAACCUUUUCUGGCUUUUUGCUGGUUGUAUUCAAUUUUCUACUUAUGGCAUACUUUGAUCCUGACUUUUAUGCUUCAGCACCAGGUCACAAGCAUGUACCUGAUUGGAUCUGGAUUGUAGUGGGCAUCCUCAACUUCCUAGCCUAUACUCUAGAUGGUGUGGAUGGAAAGCAAGCCCGUAGAACUAAUUCCAGCACCCCCUUGGGGGAGCUUUUUGACCAUGGCCUCGAUAGUUGGUCGUGUGUUUUUUUUGUUGUAACUGUGUAUUCCAUCUUUGGACGAGGAUCAACUGGUGUCAGUGUUUUUGUUCUUUAUCUCCUACUAUGGAUAGUUUUGUUUUCUUUCAUCCUGUGUCACUGGGAAAAGUAUAACACAGGAAUUCUUUUCCUGCCAUGGGGAUAUGAUAUUAGCCAGGUGACUAUUUCUCUUGUCUACAUAGUGACUGCGAUUGUGGGAGUUGAGGCCUGGUAUGAACCUUUCCUGUUUAAUUUCUUAUAUAGAGACCUAUUCACUGCAGUGAUUAUUGGUUGUGCACUAUGUGUGACUUUACCAAUGAGUUUAUUAAAUUUUUUCAGAAGCUAUAAAAAUAACACCUUGAAACACAAUUCUGUCUACGAAGCUACGGUUCCCCUCUUUUCUCCAUGUUUGCUAUUCAUUUUGUCUACAGCAUGGAUCCUUCUUUCACCUUCAGAUAUUUUAGAGAUACAUCCUAGAGUCUUCUACUUUAUGGUUGGGACAGCCUUUGCCAGCAUCACAUGCCGGCUGAUUGUUUGUCAAAUGAGCAGUACCCGGUGUCCAACUUUGAAUUGGUUUCUCGUUCCACUGUUCUUGGUUGUUGUGGUGGUGAACUUCAGAGUAGCCCCACACAUCGAGAGCGUUCUCCUACAUACAUUAACAACUGCUUUUACUCUGGCCCACAUCCAUUAUGGAGUACAAGUGGUAAAGCAGCUGAGCAGCCAUUUUCAGAUUUACCCUUUCUCAUUGAGGAAACCAAACUCAGAUUGACUAGGAGAAGAAGAGAAAAAAAUUGGCCUGUAAUCUCCAGAAAGAAGUACUGUACAUAAGAUGCUUGUAAAUAUUUCAUCCAUCACCAGUGAACUAAACUAAUCUGCCUGACAGGCGUGGGGACUCAGUGUAUGGCACUUGGACACCAGGAAUGGAGCAUGAUCUGAACUUGUGAAGUUUGGGGCUUACUUACUUCCAGUUUAUUUUAUUAUAUAUAUUUUUAUAAAACCAUGUGGCUUUUUGGUUACACAUACCGUACAUCGGAAUAGCAAAAUGUUCCUAUUGAUUUUCGCUCCAUGAGUCCAUGUUGUUUUGGUUCCUAUCAAGUUAAAAAUGCUUUGUUUUUAUUUUUUAAAACCCAGAAGUUCUCUUAGGAACACUGAUAACAUUCAGAAAAACACAAUAUGUUUUCAUAUUUGGUACUUUAUAAUAAUAGGUCUUUAGCUGUGGAAGCUAUUGGUAGCCCAGAUCUAACAUAGGGAAAAGAGAGAGCAAGUCACCUUCAGCAAGAAAUGCCAAAUAAUUACAGAACCCUAAUACACUUGCCAAAUACUGGUUUCUCUUUCCCAUGGAAAUGCUUUUUGUUCUCACGUACUAAGAGAGCUAAUACAUACAUUUGGAUUCUCUAAUAUUCUGGCUCUCUUUUGUUUUGAAACAGAUCUUGAUAAAUAGUUUUUCUUUUAAAGAAAAAUAUCAUAUUGAAACUUAGUAGAGAAUGGGUUGUGAUUAUCCCUCACCCAUUAGCGUGGUUCAUUGUUUGAACAUGGCAUUUUUCCCCUCGGUUGCAGGUUGCUGAGAUUUGGUGCUUGAGAACCAUGACUAUAUGAAUGCCUGUGACAGUCCCAGUCUUGUGAUAAUUACUUGUAAGGAAUGCAGAUAAAGUACCUUCAAAGGGAACAUUAAUUUGGAGUUAGGAAUUUUGUGACCAAAAAUAGUUUUCUGAUUCAAUUUGCCCUUCCUUCCUCACUUUUUUGUCAGGGUGUGAGGGUUGCGGGGAGUGGGCACUGUUUUUUAAAUUCCAUACAGGAUAAAGCAGAGAGAAAUUCUGUCUUCCCCAACUUGAAGGAAAUUUUUGAUAUAUGUACUUUUCUGAGUAUGCACUCCCUUUAGUAUAUCUUGGAAUAAUUUUUAUAAUUUACUGAGAAACAUAAAAAUCCCUUUGACUUUAAUGUGGUAGCUUUAUAGGUCACUUCUUUUCAUGAAUGUGGAUAUUUUAUUUCUUUUUAAUUUUGUCUCCAUUUUAGCUUGGUGGUGGUGAAAAAUUUACUUGCACAUUUUCUUUUAUAUUCCACUGAAUGAAGUUUGUGCUUGAAUGAAGAGUGUAUCUUAAACCCUUUUUUUUUGGACAGGUUGCACUUGGAUAAAAUAGGCACCGCUAUGUUGAUAUGUAAUUAAAUUCAUAACCGUUAUUUAUCUAUGAAUGUGACCAUUGUUAAACUUAAUUGUAGAAUAUUCCUUUGUUGACUUUCAGUCUGCUGCUUUGUGAUAAUAACUAUGUAAUUGAUAUUUCAUUUUUUAAAUUUGUAAGUUCAAAUCAUUGUCAUCCAGGAUGUUAGAAAAGAGGAGUCAAGGAGCUAGCCCAUGAUUCUGUAAACAUUUUUAAAAAUUGUUUGUAAAGAUUGAGGUAUAUUUGGUGACUUUCUCUAAGACAAAAAUGAACAGAGAAAAUAGAAGAAAAACUAAUGCAGAAAAAAGGGCGUAGUGAUUCCAUGUUUGUUAAUAAAUUAUUAUCAUGGAGGGGAAAGAAUGAACCAGUUAAGUGAAGGUAACUGUAUUUUUUGUAUACCUUGUUCUGUCAUCUGCAAAAUUGAACUUGAUAGUGUUAAUUUGGAGUGGGAAAAAAGCUUUAUUUUAAAGUUUCUAAACUAAUUAUUUUACUCUUUUAUUGACUUUGUACACACUAAUGAGAUUAAUCUGUAUUUUAAGGAAAAGAAUUGAUAAAUAUUUAUAAAAUGACAAAUUUGGACCACAGGCUUCCUUCAACUUUGAACAGUAUAGUAAAAAUAUCCUUUUCUUUUGGCAUAGGGGUGAUGGGUCGUGUCCUGUAAUCUUGGGGCUGUUUUACCUCAAGGUGUGUUUCUGCUCUUUUUCUGUUGCAUCAAAUUUAUUUGAAAAUUAUCUUGUGCCUAUACUUUAUGAUAUAUUUCCCUAUGGUGGUGGAGAAUUAUGCUGGAGUCAGUUUUAUUAAUGUUGUUAGAUGAAAGAAAAGUGGCCAUCAACAAGUUAAAAGUGAAACUGAGCAAUUAACUGUUUCAGAGUACUGUGAACUUGUGAAUCUUUAGUGUACUCUUUUUUUUUUUUUUAAUGUAUUUUGACUCUUAUUUUAGUCUGCCAUCUUGAAAGUGCAUCAUGAAACCCCCAUUUGUUGUUUAGUGUGAUACAGCAACUGAAGCAAGAUGUAAUUACAGAUAGACCUGUAUAUUUAUGUCAAGUCAAUUACUGGAACAUUUCCAGUGUAUAAAAGAUAUUUCCUCUUAUGUGUGAUAUUUUUGGGGUGAGUUCACACCCCAGCCUUUCUCCCCAGCACUCUGCACUGCCUUUUGGAGACAGUGGCAUGGUGGGUCACACCUGUGUGUUUUCUGUGCGAUUCAGAAUAGAGUGCCUUAGCUGGGCCAGAGGAUUGCAUGGCGUUCUGCUGACCAAAGGCAACGCAUGUUUUUUUUUGCUUUUUUCAUGUGAAAGUAUGAACGAUAUCCUUUCAGACUUGUCAGAAAAUAAUUCCCCUCUAUUUCAGCGGGACAUUGGGUAGGAAAAUUCAGAAAGGCCUGUAUAGAGUAUGCUAAUGCUGCGUUUUACAAUCCUUUAAUAAUACCAUCUUAGCGCAGUGCACGGUUUAAAAUUCCCACAUGUUAAAAUGUCAUUCCUCCUCUAAUAGGUAAUAGAUUUAGAGUAAGGAUUUUAGUCUCAAGGGUAAUAAGAAUGAAUAACUUCCAAAUAAAAAACUAAAUAGUCAUCUUUGGCAUCUUAAUAUCAUGAUUUUAAUAACAUCAGGAUUAAGAUGCUUAAAGUACUUAAAAUUCCAAUUUUAAAAAGAAAGUUAAAUGCUGAUUGUAGUCUAAGAUGUUAUAGUUCUAUUACCAACCUGUCAUUUAUUCUAAUAAUGAGGUAUUGGGAAGGGGAGUUGUAUGUCUAGAGUUGUCCAGAUUCUAAAUGAAUUUGGAAAGAGUAUGGAUGAUGACUGGGAGCCUGGGCACUGAGGCAGUAUACAAAGGUCCACACAGGUAUCGUAUUCACUUAAAAGGGAAGAAGGAGCCACCUCAGUGCCCUAUGAAUUUGAAAGUUUCCUGGGUUCAGUUUUCAAAGAAUCAGUUUAUUUUGUAGGUAAGAAAUGUACCUUGCUUUCUAAAUCAGACUUUUGACUGUAAUUUAUGGAGAAUCAAAAGAUAAUCUACAGGUAUUUGAGUCAAAGGGUAAUUUUCCCACUUGAUAUUUUUAACUAGAAGCUUAUUUGUAACUCUUCCUCUUGAUUCUGUACCUGGGUUUCCUCUUGGUUAGCCACCACUUAGGACACAGGCGACCCUAUCAAGCCUGGCUUGGUUACCCUAGGUCUUGCCACCUUCAAAACUCUUCCAUCGCCUUGCAGCUCUCGACUAGUCAAGGACUGGGAAAGUGCCAGGGGGAACAGAGUCCCUGAUGGGCUGGAACUUGUAAAUUUGGGGCCCAAAAGAAGCCAAAAAAAAAACAGAUACAGAUAUCUAUGAUUGUGUUAAUUCCUGUGUUCAGAGUGGCCCUCAUCUUGACCUCAGUUCUGGAGUUGAUUGAGCAUGCUAUAGGAAAUUUGUGAAGUCAGACCAGAAUUUUCUUUGUUCUAUAAGGCGUUUUUAUAAGGCAGCAUGCCCUUUCUUAAGCACCCUGUGGGUGAAUAACCUUACUAAGUUAGCUGCCAGUACUAGAACCUUCUGGGAAGAAUUUUAACUCAUAUGCUGCAUUUGAAGCACUUUGACAUGUAUAUUUAAAGUGACAGUUUUAACAGUAAAAUGGUAUUUAAUCACUGUGAUACUUGAAAGUGUGAUUCUCUGUGCGUUUUAGGAAGCUUAAGUAAAUUUCUGACUUUCCUUUAUUAAUUAUGUAACCCAUGUGAUUUGUAUAUUUUAGUUUUCAUCUUUGACAGUAGUACAAAUGACUGACAUAUUGGCAGGCAGUUACUUUAGGGUGUAUGAUAAAACAUGGUUAUCUUAACUUUUCCAGAGAAAGUGACAGUAUGUUUACUUCUUCCUAGUGUGGAGUCUUGGGAAUUUGUUGGCUAGUUCGUUUCAUUGUUUCUAUAGUACAAAAUAAAUGUCACCUUCCUUUUUGACCUUCAUGCCAGUAAUAUGCUUCAUUCUUCAAUAAACAAAUAUGCAAAGGAUAGUAAUGUAGCUGUAUUGUUUUUCAGCGGGUCUGGUCUUGAUUCAGACAUAUCUUAAAUGAGUUAAUAUUUAGGGUGGCAAAAGGAAUUUUGCCAUUUGUGGCCCUCUCUUGAAUGAGGGGGUUGCAUUGCAUUUGGUCAGACAACCUGGGUUCCUAGAAUUGGCAAGUGGCACAUGGACUGAUUUUAGAAUAUCUAGGAAGAUCCAUUUGGAUACAACAGGAUUGUUCUGGUCUUCCACAGACUAUUCACAGUGAUUUACUCUUGUCAGAAUCAUUCUUAGAAAGCUGUUUUAAAUUAGAGUGGUGCUGUUUAGAUCAUGGCCAUAGAACUCCUGAAUGCUACACGGAAAUUAGAGACAGGACUGAAGCCCCAAGGACUGGCUACAUGCUGUGGACUCCUUUUGUCGGUUUGGGUAAGGUAUUCUCUUGUGUAGUUUCUAUGUGUAACAAACUUAGAAUUAAUUGAUUUUUCUUAAAACAUACCCAAUUGACCGUGAAUUUUAAAUGCAGAUGUUUUGACAAGUGCUUUUUAGUAUCUAAAGAAUUACUUCUUGACCUGGAACAUGUUUAGUUAGUGCUUGAUUAUACAAUCAAGGUGUAGGAGGAGCCUAUUUUAAUUUUGUGAGAUCUGCAUUAUAUAUCUGUUUAAAUUACUGGUAUCAUUCAGUAUCAGAGUUGGAGUUUAAUAACUACUAAUUGAGACUGCCCACUGCCCACAAUAUUAACAUUUUAGGUGAUUUAUUUUGUUCAGAUAACUUGUCCUAUUAGAACAGCCUUUCAGGAGAAAGACCCAGCUACAUGUACAUAUAAUGGUUUGCUCUUUUCAAGAUGUGUUGAGAAAGCAGAAUUCAGUAUUAAACUCCAAAUUUCAAUAUAUAUAUUAAUGUAUCAUUUCCUCUUCUGGGUAAAGGAGGAGGCAAAGAAUAACUGCCUGCUGCCCUUCUGCCCCCUCCCACACAUUAUAGAUUAAAUUUGUAGCCAAUUGUAGAAAAAUAACUUGAUACUUUCCUGAGUCAGCUUUCAUGUCCUGUGACUAAGAGUAGGUGGCAGGAAUCCUGGCCAAAUCCAUUAUUGAGCUGUUUUACUUGGUCUUGGUGCAAUUGGCUUUCUGUGUUAUUCUUAUACAAGAGGAUGGUUUCAUUCCUUCUCAGGUACCUAGAGAAAACACCACUUGAGAAACUGGAAUAUAUUUGCUGCAAGUAGAAUAUAUUAGAGAGGAAAAUGAAGAGGAGCAUAAAAUCUUAUGUUCCUUUUCAGAUAGUUCAGAUUGGUAGUUGGUCUGUCCAGGACUUGCUGUGUUCAUAGUAAAUAAUGUACUGUUUAUUUUAUCUGGUUAUGUUUGGUGUGUGUGUGUAUAUAUGCAUAUUUAAUAUGUAUUCAUAUAUUCUCUCUACAUAUGUAUGGAUGAUGUAUUCAUAUAUACAUGCAGUCUGCUUGAUUAUCAACAAAAUAUUAACCUGUUAGACUGUCUCUUCAUGUUGACUUAAUCUGCAUGUAGCCCAUAACUCUGUGGAGCCUCUUCCUAGUCUGGAGCCACAGUCUUUCCUACUUCCAGUUCAUCUCAUUCCCCAAGAAAGGCCCUUUAAAUAUAUCACUUUCCAUUUCCCUUGCACGAGGGAUUGUGUGAGCCAGAAAGACAGCUUUUGAGAAAGAAGGCUGGUUCCCACCUGGAUUGAGACUUCCGGUCUGAAUGAUGAUGGGCCCAUUCCCAGCCAGAAGGCAGCUUAUGGACUUGAUGGGGGGAGAACUCUGGUUCUUGUGGAAAUGGGGCUUUGCAACUUGCUCAGAUUUCUUAGCUGGAAUAUUUUGAAAUCUCAGAUAAUUUGAUGUACAGCUAGAGUACAAUAAUGCCUUUGAAUGUAAUUUUUGCAUUAUCGGUAUUACUGUUCCCCGUUGUUGGCCCAGAUAAUCAAGACUUGACUGUUUCUUGUCACUGGAUUCUGGAAGCCUUGCCUUCUCAACUGGAUUUAUGUUUAUUUCUGCUGCUGUGAAACCCAAAAGUAAUGCAGUAGGUUUUAAUUUAAGAUUGUUUAAUUCUAUUGAUAAAUAUUUAUUGUAAUAAAAGUAAAGAGUAAAUUUUUAAAUCCUUUUAA